ACGUUUGGGAACAUGCAGGUCAAUUUCUCUUCAAUUGCUGAAAAUGAAACCCUUGCUGUGAAAACCGCUCGGUCUUCUUGUGGAAGGGCACACACUUCAAUAAGAAGCUCGAUCCAAAUCCGAUUGCCGAAUUAUUAGGUCCAAUUAAUUGAACGAUGAUGAAGCUCUGAUCAUCUGCAUCUGUGACUGCAACACCGUGACAUGAUGUUGACAAUGAUCAUCAUUGUGCUCAUCACUUCCUUACUCGUGGGGUUUUUCAUUGGUCCAAUCAAUGGCAGACGGCAAAGGAAGAGAGCUGUUGGGUUCUUCCAUCCGUACACCAAUGAUGGCGGUGGUGGAGAAAGGGUGUUGUGGUGCGCUGUUAGAGGCAUCCAAGAGGAGAGACACGACCUUGACUGCUAUGUAUACACUGGAGAUCAUGAAGCCACCCCGCAAUCGUUGAUGGCUCGGGCCCUUGAUCGCUUUGGGGUCACGCUCCUCUCUCCUCCAAAGGUGGUUCAUUUGUACAAGAGAAAGUGGAUUGAAGAAACCACUUAUCCACACUUUACAAUGAUUGGUCAAAGUCUGGGUUCUAUGUAUCUUGCAUGGGAGGCUUUGUGCAAGUUUACCCCUUUAUAUUACUUUGACACAAGUGGAUAUGCUUUUACAUAUCCACUUGCUCGAUUGUUUGGAUGCAAAGUUAUUUGCUAUACACAUUAUCCUACUAUUAGUUCAGACAUGCUAGCUCGUGUUCGUCAACACAGCCUGAUGUAUAAUAAUGAUGCCUUAAUUGCAAAAAGUGUUUGGCUUUCAAGGUGCAAAAUAAUCUAUUAUGCAUUCUUCAGCUGCUUGUAUGGGAUUGUAGGAUCUUGUGCACACCUAGCUAUGGUCAAUUCAUCUUGGACCAAAUCCCAUAUUGAAAAUCUUUGGAGAGUUCCAGAUCGUAUUAAGCGAGUUUAUCCUCCUUGUGAUACCUCAGGACUCCAGGUACUUCCCUUGGAACGAUCAGCAGAAGUUCCUGUACUAAUAUCUGUUGCACAAUUUCGACCAGAGAAGGCCCACACUCUUCAACUUGAGGCUUUUUCAGCUGCCAUUAAGAGAUUAGAUCCUAGCAUGCCAAAACCUAAGUUUCAAAUUGUGGGUAGCUGUAGAAAUAAAUCAGAUGAAGACAGACUUCAAAUGUUAAAAGAGAGAGCAAUUGAGCUGAAUGUGAAUGAACAUGUGGAAUUUUACAAGAAUGUAACAUACAGAGAAUUGGUGGGACUUUUAGGGGGUGCUGUUGCUGGCAUUCAUUCAAUGACUGAUGAGCAUUUUGGCAUUAGUGUUGUAGAAUACAUGGCUGCCGGUGCCAUCCCAAUUGCUCAUAAUUCUGCUGGCCCAAAAAUGGACAUUGUGUUGGAUGAAGAUGGACAGCAAACAGGAUUUCUUUCCUGCACUGUUGAAGAAUAUGCUGAUGCCAUGGUGAGAAUUGUAACGAUGUCAGAGAUGGAAAGGCUUAAGAUGGCUGCAGCUGCAAGGAGACGAGCAAGCAGGUUUUCCGAGCAGAGGUUUUAUGAUGAUUUCAAAGCUGCUAUACAUCCUAUUCUGAGUCAUAUUUCUAGACAAAAACGUAGAGGCAGCGGGAAGGAUGGAUUGAGGGUCAGUUAUGGAACUUAAAAUCAAACACCUAUGGUGUGCAAGGAAAUAGCAUAUUCUUUCACGUUUUUCUGUUUCUUGUUUUCUUUUUUAUGCUAAGGUCUCAAUAAUAACAUUAGAUGGGCAGUGUACAUUGUUAACCCCUUUGAGGCUUUGAUCA